AUGUCCCGGCGUGUGUUCACUUCCGCGGUGCUGCUCCUCGUCGUGAUGAUGUGCUGCGGCAGUGGAGUUGCGCAAGGUGACGGGCCAUCGCUACCUCAGGAAUCUUCACUGGAUAAACGUUUUGUUUGGAGAGAUACAACAGGUGAUGAAACAGUGAGUUCGCUCCGUGGUCCCAGUCUUGUUGAGGUGAAUGGUAAAGUGUUUGCCGUUGCCGAGGCGCAGUGGACGAAGGGUGAAAACAGCUUUACUGGGAUUGCCUCGAAGCUCCUGACGUUGACUGACGAACCAUCAAAAGAGGAGUUGGAUGCAAAUAAUCUGAAGACACAAGUACUGGAGGAAUGUCCUGCCAAUAAAGAAGGGACAUGUAGUGCCGGUAGCGAAGAGAAAUGCGGCUGCCGUGUGGCAGAUCAGGAAUCUGAUUCUCCGAACGAGAGGAAAGUGCACGUGAGCCGACCAACAACAGUUGUGAAUGGAAAUGAUAUUUACAUGUUUGUUGGAAACUACAGUCGGACAGCUGCCACUGGUCAUGAAGAGGGCGGGACAGAUCACUGGGGACUUUUGCUGGUGAAGGGUCAGGUCAGUGGUGCGGUAGAAGAGGAAAAAAGAAUUUGUUGGAACGAUACUCACGCUAUUCCAUUGACUCUAGGCGACCAACACAAAAGUUUGACAGCACUGAUUGGCGGUGGUGGAUCGGGCGUUAAGAUGAACGAAGGUACGCUUGUGUUCCCGGUGGAAGGCACGAAAAAGAAGGAGAAUGAUGGCGCAGAAAAAAAUGGAAAGACCGUUUCGCUGGUCCUAUGCUUGCAGGGUACUGAGAUUUGGAAGCUGUCGAAGGAGGUGCCUGAUGAUGGCUGCAGUGAUCCCUCCGUCGUGGAGUGGAAGGACAAACUCAUGAUGAUGACUGCGUGUGUUGGUGGCCGCCGCAGGGUGUACGAGUCCGGUGACAAGGGGGAGUCGUGGACGGAGGCACUCGGGACGCUCUCGCGCGUGUGGGGCAGCAAAGAAAACGGAAAUGUGAAGGGCGUUAGAAGCGGUUUCAUCACAGCGACGAUUGACGGUGUUGGCGGUGCUAAGAGAAACGUGAUGCUCGUUACUCUGCCGGUGUACCCCGAGAAGGAGAAGAACGAAAACGAAAAUGGAAAGGGUGAACUCCAUCUUUGGCUGACGGACAACACGCACAUUGUUGAUAUUGGGUCGGUAUCCAGUGAUGAUGACGUUGCCGCCAGCUCCCUGCUGUACAAAAGUGGGAAUAAUAAUGAUGAGGAGGAGUUGAUUACACUGUACGAGAAGAAGAAGGGCGAAUCGUCAUCCGGUAUGGUCUCUGUGCUCCUGACUGCGCAGUUGAAGCGGGUGAAGGAGGUGCUGACGACCUGGAAGGAAGUGGACGGACGUGUCUCCGAGCUGUGCCCCUUUGAGAAUGCUAAGAACGAUGCCCCAACUGACAAUGCCUGCAGCGCUGUUAAGAUCACGGAUGGGCUGGUUGGCUUUUUGUCCGGCAACUUCUCUGAUGGCACAUGGAGGGACGAGUACCUCGGCGUGAACGCCACAGUAAGUAAACGAAAGAAUGGGGUGGGGAAAAAGGAUAAUGGCGUGACGUUCAAAGGACGUGGUGCAGGAGCGGAGUGGCCUGUUGGCAGGCAGGGAGAGAAUCAGCUGUACCACUUUGCGAACUACAACUUCACUCUUUUGGCGACGGUGUCCAUCCACGGUGUGCCGGAGGAGGGAGAUACCCCCAUUCCAUUGAUGGGUGCGAAGAUGAAUGACGACAGUGAAAAUACAGUUCUCCUGGGACUGUCGUACAAAAGAGAGGGGAAUUGGGCAGUGCUUUGCAGUGGUCAAACAACCAAGAAGCACAGCAACACUUGGGAGCCACAGACACAGUACCAAGUGGCCAUUGUGCUAAAUAACGGCACCCAGGGCUCCGUGUACGUCGAUGGUCAGCGUGUCGGAGAUGAGUCAUGUGUAUUGAAAAGUAAGGAUCCGAAAGGAAUCUCCCACUUCUACAUUGGAGGGGAUGGAGGCAGCGCAGAGGGUCAAGAAGGCUUUUCCGUGACCGCGACGAAUGUCCUGCUCUACAACCGCCCGUUGGAUGGCACUGAGAUUACCGCGCUUGCCAAAAAUAAAAUUACCAUCCCGAAGCCGGAAGGUCCGAAUACAUUGAUGGUGGACACUCCUUCGACAGUGGUGAGCGGACCAGUUGCACAGAAAACCGUGUCCGUGUCCACUCCUGGCGGAUUCACGGUGAAUCAUGAGUCGAGCGCAAGCUCUGGAGAGGUUGCGGAGACGGUGGGAGGAACGAAUGCGCAGGGAGAGGAGGGAAUCCAUUCACAGGACGGGGAAGUAAAUGCUGCGGCACUCAACAGCAGCCCUGGAAAUUUGUCGCAGGGGAAUAACAGCGAUGGCGGCACCAUGCGUGGGAGCGGACUGCUGCCGCUGCUCCUCCUUCUGUUGGGACUGUGGGGGUAUGCGGCUCUGUGA